AUGAAGGGUAUUGGCCUUGGUGGUGAAGCAGUCUGGGCAAUGCCCGUCAGCUGGAUGAUGACUGCCGUGGUUUUUGCCUUUGUUCUUCUCCGCGCCUACACUCGCAUUUCAUGCGUAGCCGCUUUUGGGGUCGAUGAUUACAUUUAUCUGGUGGCCUUUGUUUUCCUUCUGAUCUUCACCAUCUUCCUCCAGCUCGCCGCAGAACAUGGCUUCGGGCAGUUCACGAGAGACAUCGGGGAUGGUGACCAGAUCACGAGAGCUGUCCUCUACGAGUGCAUCGGCCAGGGGUUUGCCAUCGUUGGCAUGGCCAUUGCCAAAUGGUCCUGCGGCUUCUUUCUUCUCCGGCUGGUGCCGCUCAAGUGGCAGCGUAUAAGCAUCUGGGCGGCUAUGGCCUUUGUCAUGGCUGCUUCCAUCGCCCAAGUCUUUUGCUUCUGGCUUUCGUGCACGCCCUUCGCAUAUGUCUUCGACCGUCGGAUCCCCGGAGGCUUCUGCGGUAUUGACACUCGCCCGACGUCGUACAUCCUUUGUGUCUCGACCAUCACUGUCGAUGUGUUCUUCGCCCUCCUUCCCUGGACCUUUAUUUGGAAGCUCCAGAUGCCAAGACGCGAAAAGUUGACUAUCGCCAUUAGUAUGAGCCUCGGCCUUCUGGCUGCGGCUGCCGGCAUUAAGCGUACUACCGAGGUGGAAGGGUUGUACGGCCCAGAGUACCUUCACGACUCCGUCGGCCUCAUCGUCUGGUCCCUCGCCGAGAUCGCCGUGACCAUGAUCUGCAUCGGCGUCCCCGUCUGCCGGCCGCUCUACCGCAAGAUCUGGGUCAAGCACUUUGGCGGCAGCGAGUCCCGCAGCAACACCGGCUACCUCCGACACGACGCCAUCGGCCUCAACACCAUCGGCGGCGGCCGCAUGCCCGGCGCCACCACCCGCUCCGACGACGACAAGUCCAUGGCCGACCUGAAGCUGGGCAUGAAGGGCCCCUCCAACAAGGCGCGGGCCGAGUACGCGGGCAGCGGCAACGAGGAGGGCCUGAGCAUCGGCAACGGCAGCGACGAGGACAUCUUGGGCGAGGAGUACCGCGGCGGCUCCCAGAAGAAGAACAGUCGCAAGGGCGGCGGCCAGGGCAUCCAUGUCACGGCCACCUACUCCGUCCAGCGCAACUGA